GGAAGAGGAGGAGGAGGAGGAGGCGGCAGGGGCACAACUUGCUCGGAGGAGCCCCCCUUGGCUUCCCCUUGCCCGCCUGGGCAGCCCCUCGCCCUCCCCCCGGGCCCCGAUGGAAAGAGCCCCCCCGAUGGACAUUGAGGAGCUCAAGAUGACACGAGAACAGUAUAUACUGGCAACACAGCAAAACAAUCUGCCAAGAACAGAAAACCCUCAGUUUUAUCCUGUAGGAAUUUAUGGUUGGAGAAAGCGGUGUUUAUACUUCUUUGUCCUCUUACUCUUGGUGACCAUGAUAGUUAACUUAGCCAUGACGAUAUGGAUUCUGAAAGUAAUGAAUUUCACAGUGGAUGGAAUGGGGAAUCUGAGAGUCACCAAAAAAGGAAUUCGGCUUGAAGGUAUAUCUGAAUUUCUACUUCCAUUGUAUGUGAAAGAAAUCCACUCCCGAAAGGAUAGCCCACUGGUCUUACAGUCUGACAGGAAUGUUACAGUGAAUGCAAGAAAUCAUAUGGGACAGUUAACUGGACAACUCACUGUAGGUGCUGAUUCUGUAGAAGCUCAGUGUAAAAGAUUUGAAGUAAGUUCAAGUGAAGAUGGGCGGGUCCUCUUCUCAGCUGAUGAAGAAGAGAUUGUUAUUGGAGCAGAUCGACUUAAAGUCACAGGCACUGAAGGGGCUGUAUUUGAGCACUCUGUGGAGACCCCCCACAUCAGAGCAGAACCUUCACAAGACCUCAGGCUUGAAUCGCCAACUAGAUCUUUGAUAAUGGAAGCUCCAAAAGGAAUACAAGUGAGUGCAGCUGCAGGGGAUUUAAAAGCCACCUGUAGGAAAGAGCUUCACUUGCAAUCCACAGAAGGGGAGAUAUUUUUAAAUGCAGACUCGAUCCGAUUAGGGAAUCUACCCAUGGGUUCGUUUUCAUCUUCUUCCUCCUCAUCGAGCUCAUCGGCUACUCGACAAACUAUCUAUGAGCUUUGUGUUUGUCCCAAUGGUAAACUUUACCUUUCACCAGCGGGAGCAGGCUCCACAUGUCAGUCCAGUAGCAACAUCUGUUUGUGGAGCUGAAAGAACGCCUGAUCUCUCCUCACACCAGAAUAGCCUUUUUGUUACUGUCCCUCUGCUUCACAGUUGUGCUCGGUUUCCCUCGUGCAGUUAUGAAGCUCCAAACAGGCCACAGAACAACUUCUUCCAGUAUAAGCAAGGAAUAAAAUGCAACCUUUUUGUCUGGCUUAUGGACGUUCAAGAUGGAUGAUGGAAGGUAGAAUGAAAUGGUCGUCUUCUUCAGGAAACCUGGAUCUUAGUACCACCUUUUGCCCAAAAGGGAGAAUAACACAGGUGCCUUUGCUAUAUAUGAAGUGAAGCACAUUGUUUUAGAUUUUUGCAGGAACUGUAAAUGAGAAACUGCACAUAUAUACAUAAAUAUAGAUAUAUAGAUAUAGAUAUAAUAACUGUAUAAAAUUGCCCAGAGUCUAAAGAUGAGAUGAAUUGGUAUGAUAAAUAACUCUACUGUCUGAAAGCACAAUUUUCAUAUGGCCACCAUUUUUAGAUGUAAGCUUUUAUCCUUGAUUUUUUUUAAAAAAAGUUGAAGCAUUGUAUAAUGCUUGCUUUUACUCAACUAUUAAAAUUUAAUUCACAUUCUGAACAGCAAGAGACAGAAUCGCUCCUUUAAGAAGAAGAUGAUGGCAAAGUGCAUUGUUACUGUUUGUCUCCUGCACCUAAUGUUUUUU